AUGUGCUUCACCGAGUACAUCGGAUACACGUGCGGGCACACCAGCCUUUCGGUGAAGCGCCCUUGCCCCUUGACGACGCAGCUCUUCAACAACCCCGUCUGCCCGGGCGUCGGCGCCGCGCGCCCCAUCCUCGCCGAGAGCCUCUGCCCAGCCUGCAGCCGCAUCAUCCACGGCCGCUGCGUCAACAUCAUCGAGAACGAGCACCGCUUCAUGCACGCCCGCGGCGCCUGCCCCUGCCCCGUCCGCUUUCCCCAUCUUAUGCAGCCUCGCGUCAUCUCCCCCGACGACAACGUGGGCCCCGCCGGCGACCAUCCCGGCGCCGAGGGCGAGACCACGUCUGGCGGCGCCGCCGUCCCGGCUGGCGCUGGCGAUGCCAACGAAGCCGAGAAUAACGGGCGUGGGAGGGCCCUCUCCGCCGCGGCUUCCGUUUUCUCCCCUUCGCCGAUUGCUACCCUCCUGAGCACCGUCAACUCCUCUCUCUGUGGGGUAGGCUCGUUUACCACCCGCUUUGACCAUCCCGCUUAUGCCCAGGAUCACCAGACGUCCUCAUAUACGUCUAUGGCCGGCGGGGCCUCGAAUGCCCCCAGCUUUGGCGAUAAAAAUAGAUCCACCGCCGGCCCCAAUCCGGGAGCGUCCGCAGCCGCCAUCGUUGGGGACAAGGGCAGCAGCACUGGCCAAAUCCCGAGCCGAUCGAACCUCGACACCAAGGGUAAGGGAAAGCAGAAGGCUGAGCCGCAGCCGCAGCAUCAGUACCAGUACCAGAAUGGUAGUGGCGGCAACGGGGGAAAGAAGUCUAGAAAAUUCAACAAGAACCGAGACAAUCGCCGUCAACCCCCCUUUUCUUCAACCAUGCCCCUUUACCACACAAACCCCACACCGGCCUCGGUUCCUGCUUCGUCUUCCGCCUCAACAGCCUUGGUCCGGACCUCGACUCAGGGAAGCGGUGGUGAUGACGCCACCGCGCCCCUGGCACCGCUCUGGGAGGAGACGCGGGACACGGACACGCAUACGACGUCCGUGGCUGUGCGCAUGGUGAGCCUGUACGGUGCCGAAUGGCUGCAGGACCACGCGGCGCUGCAUCGGGAUGGGCGCUGUACGUGCGACGUGAGCUUCGAGCGCUACCCGCGCCCAUAUAUGGAUAUGCUGCGGGAGGGCAUCGACGCCGAGACGGAGACGGAAACCUCGGCCGUGGCUACGGCUUCGACAACAGCUCCGACGGCUCCGGCACAGGUAGGAACCGAUGGAUCGCAACCUUACCCUUACUCCUACGGCAGUGAAGCACCGACCGCUCCAGACGCGGGCUCAUGGGGAAUGACCACGGCCCACCAGGCACCCGAGACCGCGCAGACGCCGAGCGGCUACGGCUACGCCGUGCCCGUCUUCAACGCCUUCCAGUCCCAGCGUCAGGCGCAAGCCCAACCCCAUGCCCAGGCCCAGGCCCAGGCCGAGCCUCUCCAGCAGCACCAAUGGCCUGCGACUGUCUCCUCGCUGGGAGAUCCUAGUACUCUUCAGCCUGCACGGUGGGCCUAUAGCCCGGACAACGGAGGCUCCGAGCCGGGUGACCCUGCUCGACCCGUCGACAUGCAGACAGUAUGGUUCAACAGGCCGCCCGAGACGCCCCUGGCAGGCUUGCCUCUGGGUGCCGGUCCCGAAGGCGCGCCACACUUCCUACCCUUCGAGGAUUGCGAGCUAUACUACCCUAAGCCCUCCAGCAAGCGUCACCGCUCCUACUCUACCUGA